AAGAGAGCAGCUCUCUUCGGAAACCGGACUGCAGGGUUGGGAUCGUGUUCUGAGGUGGCAAUAGGCAUUUGCUGUGACUUUCAGUCAGUCCAAUCACCAGAUUUCAGCCACCAUGACCCUCGCAGCCUACAAGGAGAAGAUGAAGGAGCUCCCACUGGUGUCUCUGUUCUGCUCCUGCUUCCUGUCUGAUUCCCUGAAUAAAUCAUCCUACAAAUAUGAAGCAGAUACUGUGGACCUGAACUGGUGUGUCAUCUCUGACAUGGAAGUCAUUGAGCUGAACAAGUGCACCUCGGGCCAGUCCUUUGAAGUCAUCCUGAAGCCACCGUCCUUUGACGGGGUGCCGGAAUUUAAUGCCUCCCUCCCCCGACGGCGAGACCCAUCACUAGAAGAGAUUCAGAAGAAACUCGAAGCGGCGGAGGAGCGAAGGAAGUACCAGGAAGCGGAGCUCCUGAAACACCUAGCAGAGAAACGGGAGCACGAGCGAGAGGUGAUCCAGAAAGCCAUCGAGGAAAACAACAACUUCAUCAAAAUGGCAAAAGAGAAGCUGGCCCAGAAGAUGGAAUCCAAUAAGGAGAACCGGGAGGCUCACCUGGCCGCCAUGUUGGAGCGGCUGCAAGAGAAGGACAAGCACGCGGAGGAGGUGCGGAAGAACAAGGAGCUGAAGGAAGAGGCCUCGAGGUAAAGCCCAGAGGCCAAGGAAGCUUCCAGGACAGCCAGACGGCUCCCACAGCAACCUGGUUCCAGCAGCCUCGGCUGCUGGCUGCUCUCCCAGCACUGGGGUUUGGGGGGAGGGGGGUGGCCAAGGGGCGUUUCCUCUGCUUUUGGUGUUUGUAUAUGUAAAGAUUGACCAGUGAAGCCAUCCUAUUUG